AUGGUGGGCGGAAGGAGCGGCGGAAUGGCGAGGGGGAGCAGUUUUGGCGAAGGGAUUGGCGGAAGGCGGGGGGGAUUCGCCGCGCCCGCGCUGCCUGGCGGAGUUAUUGGUCCUCCAGGCCUGGGGGGCGGAAGAAUCACGGGGGUUGCAGCAGCAGGGGGAGGCGGAGCGGUGGGAUAUACCGCGGACAGCGCAACCAUAGGCGCGGGGAUGGCGGAGGGGAGGCUGGAAAGCGUGCUGGCGGAGGCGCUACUUGGGGGAGGGACUUUUCAGGCGCUAGCAGGGGGAGGUGUUUUUCAGGCUCUGGCAGGGGGAGGUGCUUUUCAGGCACUGGCAGGGGGAGGUGCUUUUCAGGCUCUGGCAGGGGGAGGUUCUUUUCAGGCUCUGGCAGGGGGAGGUGCUUUUCAGGCUCUGGCAGGGGGAGGUGCUUUCCAGCGGCAGUCUGCAGCUCCCCAGGUGUCACCUGCAAGCAGGGAGGUGGGAUCUGGUGCAGGUGGGAAUCUGGCACUACUUGAGCUGAUGAGAAUGUCAGGGCUCGCUAAUAGCCUCCCUCUCAACCGUACUGAGGAGGACGAGAUUUUGAGGAGGCUGGUGGAGAGAGGGGGGGCGCGGCGGUGGUCCGCCAUAGCAGCGCACCUCAAGGGGCGCGCGGGGAAGCAGUGCCGCGAGCGCUGGCACAACCACCUGAAGCUGGGGAUCAAGAAGGACGCGUGGACGGAGGAGGAGGAGGAGACGCUUAUAGAGGUGCACAAGCGCGUGGGGAACAAGUGGGCGGAGAUCGCAAAGCUGCUGCCUGGGCGGACGGAUAACAAUGUGAAGAAUCACUGGAACUCGACUGUCAGGCGGAAGGAGGAUGUUGGGCGGACCGGUGGGAAGGCUGGGGAAAAGCCUACCUUGCUGCUGAGGUAUAUCCAGUCGUUGAAAGGGGGGAAGGAUGGGGGCGGGGGGAAGGGGGGGAAGGGCGCGGGGGGGAAGGAUGGGGGACGGGGGAAGGAGGUGGCAGGAAAGGAGGAAGAGGGAGGGGAGGAGAUGGGUCGAGGGGGGGAGGAGGGAGAGGAGGGAAGGGGAGAUGUGAAAAAGGAAGGAGGGGAAGAGAAGCCAGGUGGAGAAGAGGGAGGAGGGACGGGAGAGGAAGGGGAGGAGGGAGAGAAGGGAGAGAAGGGAGAGAAGGAGAGAGUAAAGGGAGGAAAGGAUGAGCGCGAGAUAGAAGGCUUGCAAGGAGGGAGGGAAGGGAGGGAAGGGAGGAAAGGGAGGGCCGAUGGUGAAGUUGGGGAUAAUGAUGGGUGUGGGGGUGGGGAUGGGGACGGGAAUGGUAAUAGGGAUGCAGGGCACAGGGAGAAAGAGGGGGAAGGGUCAGCUUUAAGAAGAGAGGAAGAAAAUGCUUUGGGGAAAGACAGAAGAGAGAAGAGAGAAGAGACACAGGCAGGGGAGAAAAGGGGAAAAGAGCUACAGGCAAGGGAGGAGAGGGGAGGAGAGACGCGGAUAGAAGAGGAGAGCAGAGAAGAGGAACGAGCAGGAGAGGAGGCCGAAGAUAUGGAAGUUGGGGAGAAGGAAAAGAAGGAAGGGACGGAAUCAGGGGGGGGGGAGGCAAGCAGUGACGCUGCGAAAGGGGCAAAUGAAGGGAAAGGAGAGGUGAGGCAGUCCCAUGUAAACGCAGAGGAGCAGAGGAGCGAAGUAAUGGGAGAGGAGCAGAUGCGUUUGGCAGAAAAGGUGGGGCCUGACACGGGCAGGCAGACGUGGGCAGGAAAGGAGGAAGAGAAGGAGCAGCAGACAUCUGAGUUGCCUCAACAGACAAGGGCAAGGAAGGAGGAGAAGCAGGGAAAGGAGGAGGAGGAGGAGGGGAAGGAGGAGGGGGGGAAGGGAGAGGAGGGGAAGGAGAGGAAGGAGAGGCAGGAGAGGAGGAGGACGAGAGGAAGAGGAAGGUCCGAGGGUGGGGCAAGGGCAGCAGAGGAUAAGGGCGAUGCAGUCUCAAUGGAUAUCGAUACCCACCACGUCACGUCCCCUACCAGCAGCAGCCUUUCCAUCCGAGGCUCGUCAGCAGCAGGGAGGGCAGCAGCACAAGCGAUUCGAGGAGAAACCAGAGACUCAAAACUGAUGGGUGCAGCAGCAGCAGCUUUGUCUUCUCACUCUCUUUCCUCCAGCCAUCCGCGUUUUGAGACGACUCGACACUCGAUCAGAGCAGAAACGGCCUCAGCAGCAUCGUCCUUACGCUCGCAUUCUUUCAGCAAUGCUCGCCUCUCCUCCCCCCAUGUCCCUUUUGAGUCGACUCAAAACGCAGAAACUGCCGCAGCAGCAGCGUCCUUACGCUCGCGUUCCUUCGGCAAUGCACACCUCUCCUCCUCCCAUGUCCCCAGUUUUGAGGCGCCUCAAAACUCCUUACCCUCGCGCUCCCUUGGCAAUGCCCACCUCCCCUCCUCUCGUGUCUCUCUCAAAUCCGCUUCUUUCCCCCGCGCUCCCGCUUCCCUCCCGCCCUCCUGGCCCCCCACCCACUCGCUCCCAAAUGCUCCCACAGCCAACACCACUGCUUCCGCUGCUGCUGCCGCCGCCACCGCUGCUGCUGCUGUUGCUGCUGCCACUGCAGCUGCUGCUUCAAGCGAAGCUGCUGCUGGUGGGGCUACUAGUGUAACAACUGGGGCUGCACCUGCCAUUGCUCCCACAGGGGACGGUCACAGGGAAACAAACCCACGGCAAUUCCAAGGCCCCAGUGUGGCUGACUCAAGGAGACAACCCACAGGUGCAGGGGAGGCGAUGCUGGGACAGGAGCAUGCAGCCCAGGCGUCUGUAGGGCAGAUGCAGCCCACAGGGGAGAGGCACAGGGAAACAAACCCACGGCAAUUCCAAGGCCCCAGUGUGGUUGACUCAAGGAGACAGCCCUCAGGUGCAGGGGGGGUGGAGAUGAUGGGACAGGAACAUACAGCUCAAGGGUUUGUAGAGCAGACGUGUAUGGGGCAACCGUUGGUGGGGCAACAGUUGGUGGGACAGCAGACGGGUGUGGGUCAACCAUUGGUGGAGCAGACGGGUAUGGGGCAGUCACUGGAAGCACAGACGAGUGUGGGUGACCAGAGGGAUCUAGCACGAGCUAUGCUUCAGCUAGAUGCUCUCUCCUCUGCUGGCCUGCUCAUGGGCCUCCCUGCUGCUGCCGCUGCUCCCUCUGCUGCUGCUGCUGCUGCUGCUGUUUCUACUUCUGCUGCUGCGCCUUGCUCGUCUGCGCCCACUCGUGCCCCUCCUGCGUCCCCCUCCACCGUCUCCUCCCCCCGCUCCGCCCCCUCCUCUCGCCCCCCAUUCCCUCCCUUACCUGCCGCAGCACCGCUCUCCACCGCAUUCCCCCGCUCUUUCUCCACCCCUCAAGGCCGAAUCCCUUCUGUCUCCCCCUCUUUGUCAUCUCUCACGAAUUCUCUCCCAAAUACCUCACUCCAGCCAAUCAACCCUUUCCUGCACAACCCUUCCCUUCCUCUCACCUCCUCCGCUUCCUUAUCUGUUCCCUCUACCUCCUCUGCUGCACCCACCAAUCACCCCCUCCCUUGCCUCUCUCACUUCGCCACAGUGUCAGCUUCCGACCAAUCAGUAGCCGGCGGUCUGACCAGCCGGGCAGCUGAAAUUGCGAGCGGCGUGCAAAAUCUUUUCGACGCACUCAUGCGUUCAGACAUCCUCCCUGCCCCCUCCGUUCCAUCCUUCUCAUCUCAACCGUCCAUUCCUGAUACUACGCGAAGAUCGGCACCGUUGACCCAGCAUCCACAUCCCCAUCUCCCAUCCUCAUAUCACCCUACCCCAAGACAACCUCCCCCCUUCUCUACCCUCCCGCUUCCCCUCACAUCUUCUUCCCCGGCUCCUUGGGCUGGGGAAAGGAACCCAAGGACUGCAGGAGGGGAGGUUAGCGCGUCUAGUGUGGCAACCACAAGGCGUUUAGAGGGUGGUGGGUUUUGGACUGGCACCAGCGGUGCUAGUAACGCUGCUGCUGCUGGUGACACUGCUGCUACUGCUGCUGCUGCUGCUGCUGCUGCUGCUGCUGCUGCUGCUGCUGCUGCUGCUGCUGCUGCUGCUGCUGCUGCUGCUGCUGCUGCUGCUGCUGCUGCUGCUGCUGCUGCUGCUGCUGCUGCUGCUGCUGCUGCUGCUGCUGCUGCUGCUGCUGCUGCUACUCCUGCUGCUGCCUCUGGCAUUGCUGGCAGUGCACAAGUUAUUGGGAGAGGGGGUGCCUUGAUCCCUAAUCCACACCUCCACCAUUCUCCUGCUCCUCCUUUUCCUCUCGCCACUGCCCCUGCUACUGCUGCUGCUCCUGCUGGUACUGUUGCACUGGCUGCUACUACUGCUGCUGAUGUUGAUGGCGCUGGUGGUGGUGGUGUUGCUGGUGCUGGUGCUGCUGCUGCUGCUGCUGCUGCUGCUAGUUCUCGAGCAACAGAAAGAGUCAACUGUGAUAUGCUGCCCAACCCAUCUCAGCUGCUGCCCGAUUUUUCUCAGCCGCCCGAUUUUUCUCAGCUGCCCGAUUUCUCUCAACUGCCGAAAUUCCUGACGCAGGAGCAACUGGCACUACUGAAACAGUGGUUGGAGGGAAGCGGGCAAGGCAUGCAGAGCCAGGGCCCUCAAGGUACAAGAGGGAAGGACGACGAGGGCUUUGGGGUUCCCCAAGACCGACCGUCGAUUCCUGGCCGAAAGACAAGAGCUGAGGCAGCCACUGACAAAGCGCAUGCCAUUCCCUCCGCUGACAGGGGUGUGGGAAUUGGUGAAAAGUACGAGGAAGGAGAAGAAAUGGUUGGAGGGAGGGUGGAGGGUAUUGUUGUGAGAAACAGCGAGAAUGAGAGACAGGGUGCUGCCGGUGAUGAGGUUCGAAGGGAGGAAGAGGUUCCAAGGGAGAAAGUGGGUCAACAGGAGGACGAUAUGCGGGGCAGUGAUGUACAGGGAACAGUUGAGAAGAACAUUCACCAACCGCAAGAGGAGCAGAAGCAGGGUCUGCAGCAGCAGCACCACCACCACCAACACCAGCAGCAGGAGCAGCGGCGGGAGAACCGACAGCAAGAGAACCCGCAUCAGGAGAACCAGCAGCAGCAGGAGCAGCAGCAGCAGGGCCAACAGGAGGAGCAAGGGGAAUCAGCAGCAACAGGAAUGGAUCUUGAUGGUACAGUCAAGGAGGGUGGGCACGGAGGGGACGAGGAGCAAGAGACGGCUUUUGAGGCGCCUCAAAAGCAAGGAGUGGGCGAGCAAGGAAAGGGCAAGGAGGGGGGUGGUAGGGAAGACAGUGGGGACAGGCAGGGGGAUAGGAACCCUGUUGUUCGCCGAAGCUGCAGUGAUGGUGGUGGCAGGCUUGGUUCGGAAACUGGUUUGGAUAGGCGGUCCCCUCGCCCGGAGCAGCUGCAGGUGGUUCGGCGGUGGAAUACCGGGAGGCUCGACAGCUGGUCGGAAAGGAGCAGCUUGAGCAGUGGACAAUCUGGACCCCCAUCUCCUGGAGUGGUGGCACGGCCUUGGGGGAUGAAAUCACCUCUGCCAGGUGAAACGCAGAAAUCAGAUGCGGUACCGUCUCCGUCUCCCCGUUCUGCUGCUGCCCGGCCUUGGGGUAUGAAGUCACCACUACCAGGUGAGCCACAGAAGAUGGCGCCAGUGUUUAAAGCACCUCAGGAGCCUCAAGCAGCAGCUCUUCCAUCAGUGGCUGAAGCACAGAAAACGAGUGCAGGUCUGGGCCGGCCAGGCGUAGCAGGCAUGGACAGGCCCGCAGCGGAAGCAGCAGCAGCGCCUGCUUUGCGAGUGGAUCAGCCGAGACUCGAUGGCACGGUGGAAGGUGGUGGCGCAGUGCUGGGAGCAGGCUCGGGACAGUUUGCGGCUGGUUCGACCGAAGGUGAAGCAGCCUCAGGUAUGGAGGAUAUCGUGUUUGAGAGGAGGGACGUGGAGUCUCAGUUGAAUCCUUUGGAGGGGUCGAGUGGGGGACAGGGAAUGGAUACUGUGUGGUCGGGGAAGUUGGUCCAGGAGUGGAGUGGAAGACGAGGGGGGCGGCAUCUUGUCAGCGUGACUGAAGGCAUUGCGAGUCAAGCUGAUGUGAGAGAGAGACACGCUACUGGUGACAUUGAGUUGAGAGAUGGUGGGAAGAGAGAUAGUGGGGCUGCUGCAGCGUGUAGAGAGGAGGAUGCUGGUGCUGCGACUUCUGAGUCGACUCCACAAGCAGGAGGCAGCAUGGGAUUGAUUGGUGCUGCAACUGAUGCUGCCACUGGUGCUGCACACACUGCAUCCCUUAGGGAGGACGAGCGGAUGGACUAUCCCAAUACGCAGCUUGUUGAUUCCGAGCCUAGUGCGUCUCAUUAUCAUGAGCCCACUAAAGCACCUAUGGAUUCAUGUGACUAUGAUGCUGGGGCUGGUGGCACAACCAGCAGCGGUGCUGAUGCAGCAGAGGUGGCCACGGAUCAUCGUGAUGCUUCAGCUUGUUCUUCUGCUGAUGCUGCUGCGGCCUCCACUCCACCGCCAGUUUCUCCUGCUGCUCUUGCUGCUGUCACAGCGCCUGCAAGCACGGGUGAAACGCCCAACACCAUCAGUGCAGCCCUCUCCCCUGUACACCCACCUCCGCCUGUGUCUGCCACGGCUGCUUCUGCCGCAGCUGCUUCUGCCGAAGCUGCUUCCACUCUCCCUGCUUCGGGUUUCGGCCCGAGUCCUUUUGCCGGGCACCUCGUGCUCCCGUUCUCCAACAUGCCCACUCCACACGGACAGAGUGGGGGGAGCCCCGCCUCCUAUGCCCCAACUGCCGCCACCAAUGCUCCUGCUGCUGCGAAUGCUCCUCCCGCUGUUGCCAAUACCACAGGUGGUUCUGCUAGUGAGGAGCCGCCAGGUUCAGCGUGUGAGCCCAUGGAUAUAUAG